AUGAGAUUCCAUCUACACCUUCUGUUGAGUCUGCUCGGUCUCUUCAUCUUGAAAGACUGUAGCAUUGAUGCUAGACCACUAGAGGAAGACGACCUUUCAACAAUAAUUCAAGAAGCAUUCCCCCAACAUUUUACAGGACCAGAAAAAGCAAUUGAUUCAGUGGCCGGGGCUAAUGCAGGAUCAUAUGGAAGUGCAGGAGGUUCAGGAGCUGAUUCAGUGGCCAGUGCUAAUGCAGGAUCAUAUGGAAGUGCAGGAGGUUCAGGAGCUGGUUCAGUAGCCGGUGCUAAUGCAGGAUCAUAUGGAAGUGCAGGAGGUUCCGGAGCUGGUUCAGUAGCCGGUGCUAAUGCAGGAUCAUAUGGAAGUGCAGGAGGUUCCGGAGCUGGCUCAGUGGCCGGUGCUAAUGCAGGAUCAUAUGGAAGUGCAGGAGGUUCCGGAGCUGGUUCAGUAGCCGGUGCUAAUGCAGGAUCAUAUGGAAGUGCAGGAGGUUCCGGAGCUGGUUCAGUAGCCGGUGCUAAUGCAGGAUCAUAUGGAAAUGCAGGAGGUUCCGGAGCUGGUUCAGUAGCCGGUGCUAAUGCAGGAUCAUAUGGAAGUGCAGGAGGUGCCGGAGCAGGUUCAGUAGCCGGUGCUAAUGCAGGAUCAUAUGGAAAUGCAGGAGGUUCCGGAGCUGGCUCAGUAGCCGGUGCUAAUGCAGGAUCAUUUGGAAGUGCAGGAGGUUCCGGAGCAGGUUCAGUAGCCGGUGCUAAUGCAGGAUCAUUUGGAAAUGCAGGAGGUUCCGGAGCUGGCUCAGUAGCCGGUGCUAAUGCAGGAUCAUUUGGAAGUGCAGGAGGUUUAGGUGCUGGCUCAGUGGCCGGGGCUAAUGCAGGAUCAUUUGGAAAUGCAGGAGGUUUAGGUGCUGGCUCAGUGGCCGGGGCAAAUGCAGGAUCAUUUGGAAAUGCAGGAGGUUUUGGUGCUGGCUCAGUGGCCGGGGCAAAUGCAGGAUCAUUUGGAAAUGCAGGAGGUUUUGGUGCUGGCUCAGUGGCCGGGGCUAAUGCAGGAUCAUUUGGAAGUGCAGGAGGUUUAGGUGCUGGCUCAGUGGCCGGCGCUAAUGCAGGGUCUUUUGGAAUUGCAGGAGGUUUAGGUGCUGGCUCAGUGGCCGGGGCCAAUGCAGGGUCUUUUGGAAUUGCAGGAGGUUUAGGUGCUGGCUCAUUGGCCGGGGCUAAUGCAGGAUCAUUUGGAAGCGCAGGAGGUUUUGGUGCUGGCUCAGUGGCCGGGGCUAAUGCAGGAUCAUUUGGAAGCGCAGGAGGUUUUGGUGCUGGCUCAGUGGCCGGGGCUAAUGCAGGAUCAUUUGGAAGUGCAGGAGGUUUUGGUGCUGGCUCACUGGCCGGGGCUAAUGCAGGAUCAUUUGGAAGCGCAGGAGGUUUAGGUGCUGGCUCAGUGGCCGGGGCUAAUGCAGGAUCAUUUGGGAAUAUAGGUAGUUUUAACAGACCAAACUUCUGGGACCUUUACAAGUAA